AUGGAGGAUGGUGGUAGCAUCGUCAUUAAGGUUGAGCUCACCAAGGCCAAGAAAUCCAUGAGCGUGGAAAAGAGAUUUAUCACGCUCCAAGCCAAGAAACUGGAGGAAUGUCUACGCCCCGACAAGCGAGUGUCCAGGACUCUUCUACGAAUGAAAGCCAAGGAACUGGGGGCUACAAUGGAAAGGCUUGACCAUACAGCCCGAGAGGCCCUGGCCCUGGACCUAUCCGAAGAAGAUGCGGGUUGGGUUCACAACUAUGUCGAGACUGAACGAGAUCGAGUUCAGUCAGCCUUAGCAGCCGUUCAGGAUACCGUGGAGGCCCGAGAAGACGAGGCGAGCACUUCCUUUCACUCAGGAGACACAGAGAUACGCCAAUUCAAGGAGAGCGAAGCAGCAAACCCCUUACAAACCGGUCAUCAAAUGGGAGAUCGAGUUAAGAAGAACCUUGAAGUCGACAGUGGGGGUAAUGAAAGGAUCAAUCUAGACUCUAAUACCAUCAACUUGAGAAGUCGGAUGACCGACUUUGAAGAUUUUAUCCCGAGUGGGGGCGGAAGAAAGAGCUCAGUCAACUGGAUGGUGAACCCUCAAAUUAAUGUAGAAUCUUCGAAUCAAAGGGGAGGGAAUAUACGGUCUUCGAUCGAGGUUAAGAUGCCGAAAUUCUCUGGGAAUAUGCUCGAGUUUCAAGAAUGGUCAAAUAUGUUUGAGGCGCUCAUCCACUCCACGAACCGAUCCUCGGCUGAGAAGAUGGGCCUCCUAAAAGCGUCAAUGAAUGAGAAAUGUCGAAGACUCAUUGGCGGGUUCGGGAACACAGAAGCACACUAUCAUGCGGCCCUUCGGACCCUCAACAAGGUUUUUGGGGACAGCGAGCUUCUGGUCGAAGCUCAUCAGAGAGAACUAGAGAAUCUGCCAAGAAUCAAACCAAGAGAACCAAAUAGCCUGGCUGAUUUCGCAUUCACGGUGCAAGGACACGUCCUUGUGAUUCAAGAUCGAGUCCCGAGGUCAGAUGUAAUUUGGGGGCAAUUAGAACGUUCACUGGAGCGCAAGCUCGACCACGAUCUGUUCCGGUCUUGGGAGUCUCAUGCCCGCGAGAUUCCGAGAGGUAGCCGGAUUGACGAAUUCUGCAACUGGUUGCUCAGCAUUGUGCAUAGUGACCAGCGAUAUCAUGGACAAUCUCUACUUGGUGAAAGGGCCAGUCUGGGCUCGAAUGAGAGAACAAGAAACCACAACACAAGCACCCAACCAAUCCGGAAGUGCCCCAAAUGUCUAGCUGAUCAUCGGUUGUCGGAUUGCGACGAGUUCAGAGGCCUCGAUGGUAAUGGCCGAAUGCGAUUCGCUCAGGACAAUAAAAUCUGUUUUGGAUGCUUGAAUCAGGGUCACAUGAGUCGACAAUGUCGUUCCAAGAGGAGUUGCCCCAAGUGUGGAAGGUCACAUCAUCCAUCACUCCACGAGGGAGAUUCCAAGCCCAACUCAGCAAGUACCAAUACCAUCUCCAGGAGCCAGAAUGUUAUUUUGGGGGUGAUAGCAAUUCGUUGCUCUGGUCCAAGUGGAGACAUUAUUGUCAAUGGGCUCGUGGAUGAAGGAUCGGAUUCUUCGUUCAUUAGCGAAAAGAUUUUCAAGCGACUGGGCCUAGAUCACUCAUGUCCCGGUACUCUCUUGGUUCAUGGAACAACCGGAAUGACGAGGCUAAGGUCGUACGAGGGAACAGUUCAAGUGGGACAAGUGGGAGGUGGAGAAAAAUAUAACCUGGAGGUACGAUCAUUGCCGGUGGUGUGCAAAGGCUUGAGAGGGAUAAAAUGGGCCUCUAUUCAGGGACAAUGGAAUCAUCUCCAGGACUUACCACUGUCUGGAAAUUGCAACCAAGUAGAUAUCUUACUUGGUCUGGACGGGGGGGAGCUGAUUGAGCCACUAGAGACAAGAAGGGGAGGAUGCGAUGAACCCCAUGCUUUCCGUACUCUUCUUGGAUGGGUUUGCCGUGGGCCAAUUCCAGGUAAUACCUCCGUCGAAAUCCAAUCCCAUUCCAGUUCCAUCCAGGACGUAAACCUGGUCCUUGAUCAACAAUUAAAUGAGUUCUUUGCUACGGAGGCUUAUGGUGCGGAGGGAUCUGAACCAUCAACCAAACCCAUGAGUCUCCAGGAUGAAUAUGCGCUCAAAAUGAUCAAUGAAACAACGACAAGGCGAUCUGAUGGCCCUGGAUAUCAGGUGGCGUUGCCCUGGAUUCCUGGAGUACCCAAGCCGCAAAAUAAUCGACGUUUAGCUGAGAAACGUUUCGAAUCAUUAGAGCGGCGAUUUCAAAGAGACCAAGACUUUGCAGGAGCUUAUUCUAAAUCCAUUCAAAAAACUUUGUCUGAGGGCUACGCUACGAAAGUUGAAGACCAGAACGAGCUGGAACACCCCAAUCAGGCCUACCUCCCGCACCAUGGGGUUUGGAAGAAAAAUGGAAAGGAUGUCAGAGUCGUCUUUGACUCCGCUGCCAGAUUUCAGGGGACCAGUCUCAAUGAUUGCUUACUGUCUGGCCCGGCCCUGCAAAAUGACCUGAUGGACGUUCUUUUACGAUUUAGGGAACGUGAAAUUGCUGUCGUUGGCGACAUUGAGGCAAUGUUCAGCCGUGUUGUGAUGGAUCCAGAUGACGCUCGCUACCACAGGUUCUUAUGGCGAUUCCACCAAACCGAGGAGAUUGCAACUUAUCAAAUGUUGGGUGUAGUUUUCGGCGACACACCUUCGCCUUGCCUCGCCAUUCGAACUCUCAUGAGGACCUCUGAAGAUUUUCCUUGUGGCCCCGGGGUCAAGGUCGCCAUCAGGGAUCAAUUUUAUGUAGACGAUUACCUGAAUAGCCAUGGGAGUGAACGUGAAGCAUUGGAGAUGGCUCGCGACGUGAGGGAUGUCCUCGCUCGGGGUAACUUUAACCUCCGAGGGUGGGAAACGAACAGCCCAGCGGUCACUAGCGAUCUCGAAGGGGGAAUGCAUGGAGGACAACGAUCUCUUACUGAUGGUGAUCAGUGCACAAGGGUGUUGGGCCUUCAUUGGCGAACAACAUGGGACGAUCUUUCAUUCUUUGCAACGAGCCAUGAGCUGGUCAGGACUCGUAGGGGACUUCUGAGCCGUCUUGCCGGCCUUUAUGAUCCUCUUGGAUUGAUUGCCCCUAUCACUGUCGCAGGGAAGAUCAUGAUGAAACACCUCGUUAUCAGAGGAUUGGACUGGGACGACCCAGUAGACCAGAAGAGCAUGGAGUGGUGGAUCCAAUGGAACAGCGGUCUCAAUUUGCUGUCCGCCACUUGCUUUCCGAGGUGCAUGGCCCCUAUGUCUGGCAGGGAUAUCACCCAAGAACUUCACGUAUUUUGCGAUGCUUCCGAAGAUGCCUUUUGUGCUGUGGCCUACCUGAGAUGUUCCAACCAAGAGAACGAUGUUUCGGUGAGACUGGUUGCCUCCAAGACCAGAGUUGCGCCCAAGAAACCCUUAACAAUCCCGAAGCUGGAACUCCAGGCAGCAGUUCUGGCAGCGAGGCUUGCGGACUACUUGGGCCGAGUUUUAAGAAUCAAGCUCGAUGGCCGCUUUUUUUGGACGGAUAGCAGAGUGGUACAUUGUUGGAUCCGUAGUGUUGCUCAAACGUAUAAACCCUUUGUUGCGUUGAGGAUCGGCGAAAUUCAGGGCCUUACUCUCGAGCGAGAGUGGAGACACGUGCCCGGAAAGCUCAACCCAGCGGAUCUCGGGACCAGAGUAUCAGCAAGCGUCAGAAUCACGGACCUGUGGAUCGACGGUCCCCCAUUCUUAUCAAACCCGAUAGGCACCUGGCCCCCUGAACUUGACACGAGUGAAACAAAUGAGGAACAACGCCAGAAAUAUAGGGUUGAACCAGUCGAAAUUCAUGUAGCCAGAGUGGGAGAGGAGGCCACCUCUUUGGAACAUCUACUACAACCUAUCAUCCCAGAGGCCCAGCCUACAUCGCUAGAGGAUUUGAUCUCAAAGGCUCAGUCUGAGUCCUUUUCCGAAGAUUUCACAGAAGCCGGGGUCUUCCAGCUGGCCAGGAAGUCGAGACUUUCAAACUUGAGCCCAUUUGUCGACGACGUGGGUUUGCUUCGUGCUAGAGGAAGAUUAAGCCAAGCUCAAGUCGGCUACGACCAGCGGUUUCCCGUCAUCCUUUGCCCUCGUCACCCAUUAACAAAGCUGAUACUCAAGAAGGAGCACAAAACCGAUCAUCAUCCGAGUGUAAAUCAAGGGUUGGCCUUAAUUCGUCAAAAAUAUUGGGUGCUCCGGGGUCGCGAGGCCGUGAGGAAGGUCCGUAUGGAGUGCAAGUUCUGUCAGAAAAUGAUGGCGACCCCCGCUUCUCAAGAAAUGGCUGACUUACCAGCCGAACGGCUUGCAAUGGGGAAGCCGACAUUUUGGAAUACAUCGGUCGAUCUCUUUGGGCCGUUUGAGGUGUUAGUGCUUCGAAACAAAGUCGAGAAAAGGUGGGGAGUCUUGUUCGCUUGCAUGACCACCCGCGCAGUUCACCUCGAAAUUGUCCCAUCACUGAGCACCCAAGACUUCCUAAAUACGCUACGAAAUUUCGUCAAUUUACGAGGAAAACCCGACCUUCUUUAUUGUGACAAUGGGACGAAUUUCGUGGGUGCCCGGAAUUUUCUACGUGAGCUACAAGAGUCGUCUGCUCGCAUUGAGUCAAGCUCGGUGGCAAGCGAUAUCAGAUGGCAAUUCCAAGUCCCGGGAGCUCCUCACUGGGGUGGAAUUCACGAGUCUCUGGUAAAGGCAGCAAAAAAAGCUCUAGUUAAGGUCCUGGAAGAGGACCAGGAGGCAAAGAGACAUCUGCGGGAUCACGAAUUAUGGACAGUGAUGUGUGAGGUUACUGGAAUGCUUAAUUCUCGCCCUCUAACAUAUGAGAGUUCUGAUGAGGGAGAUUCUCGAGCCUUGUCCCCAAACCAUUUCCUUCUGAUGCGAGGUAAUGCCACUGCUCCUCCGGGGAACUACGUCUCCAUGGAUCCAAAGAAACAUUUUGGGUAUGUUCAGGGGAUAGUGGACCGGAUCUGGGUCCGAUGGACCAUGGAAUAUCUUCCCUCUCUCCUUACCCGGAACAAAUGGCGGAUCAAGCAAGCAAACAUCCCCCUUGGCUGCGAAGUUUUGAUCGUCGGCACUCCCGAACCAAGAUCCCGAUGGAAAUUCGGGAAAGUGGUUGAGGUCCAUCCUGGUGUGGAUGACCUCGUGAGGGCGGUCACAAUUCAAACGGAAGACGGACUGAUUCGACGACCCAUCACAAAGAUCUGCCCUCUCCAGAAACCAACAGGUGGAGCAAAAGUAACGCCCACCCCGCCCAACAACACGGGGGGAGGAAUGGACGAAAGAUUUCGGGCACCCUGA